GAUCAUCUGUUUCAACUGGAAUCGCACAAAUUUGAGAGAGGACGAGGCAGGUGCCCUUUUGACCCCAGUUCUUCCUUCACCUCCAUCUUAAUUGGUGGUGAACUUUUUACUGGUCUCUACAGUGACUACUGGGGAAGAGAUGCUGCUCUAUUUCGCACCAUGAAUCGCAUGGCCCAUCUCCGAACUGAACCUGAUAGUGAGCACCUGUUGAAAGAACCAAAAUUCGUUGGCUCAUACAUGAUUCCUGACAAUGAAGACCAUGAUGAUAACAAAGUAUAUUUCUUCUUUACUGAAAAAGCAUUAGAGGCCGAGACAAGCACUCAUGCCAUAUAUACCAGAGUGGGACGCGUAUGUGCGAAUGAUAUGGGAGGCCAGCGAAUGCUCGUGAAUAAAUGGAGCACUUUCCUCAAAACCAGGCUAGUUUGCUCUGUGCCCGGGAGAAAUGGAAUUGAUACGCAUUUUGAUGAAUUAGAGGAUGUGUUUUUGCUGCAAACUCGAGAUAACAAAAAUCCAGUGAUAUUUGGCCUCUUCAACACUACAAGCAAUAUAUUUAGAGGAUAUGCUGUAUGUGUUUACCACAUGGCAAGUGUCCGAGCAGCUUUCAAUGGACCAUAUGCUCAUAAAGAAGGACCUGAAUACCACUGGGCUCUAUACGAAGGAAAAGUACCUUAUCCUAGACCUGGUUCAUGUGCCAGCAAGGUGAAUGGUGGUCUGUACACUACCACUAAAGACUAUCCUGAUGAAGCUGUCCAUUUUGCCAGGAGUCAUCCACUGAUGUAUCAGCCCAUCAAGCCUGUUCAUAAGAGACCAAUACUAGUUAAAACAGAUGGAAGGUACAAUCUUAAACAAAUAGCAGUGGACAGAGUGGAAGCUGAAGAUGGGCAAUAUGAUGUUUUGUUCAUUGGCACAGAUAAUGGAAUUGUGCUGAAAGUCAUUACAAUUUACAAUCAAGAGUCAGAAUCAAUGGAAGAAGUGAUUCUUGAAGAGCUGCAAGUAUUCAAGGUGCCAGUUCCUAUUAUUUCUAUGGAAAUCUCUUCAAAAAGGCAACAGCUCUAUGUUGGAUCUGAGUCGGUCAUAGUGCAAGUGAAGUUCCACCAGUGUGACAUGUACGGCACCGCCUGUGCGGACUGCUGCCUCGCUCGAGAUCCGUACUGCGCUUGGGAUGGGAUCUCCUGCUCCCGAUACUACCCCACAGGAAUGCAGGCAAAGAGACGUUUCCGCAGACAAGAUGUUCGACAUGGAAAUGCAGCGCAGCAGUGCUUUGGCCAGCAGUUCAUUGGUGAAGUCCUGGAGAAGACUGAGGAGCGACUUGUUUAUGGAAUAGAGUACAAUAGCACCCUUCUGGAGUGCAUCCCUCGGACCUUACAAGCGAAAGUAAUCUGGUUUGUCCAGCGAGCGCAUGAAGCUAGAAAAGAAGAGGUGAAGACAGAUGAUAGAAUAAUUAAAAUGGACCUUGGCCUUUUAUUCCUGAAGCUGCAUCGGCUGGAUGCAGGGAUGUAUUUUUGUCAGACAGUGGAACACAGCAUUGUUCACACUGUCAGAAAAAUCACCCUGGAAAUAGUGGAGGAAGAACGUGUAGAUGAAAUGUUCAAUAAAGACUAUGAGGAGGAGAUACCUCACAAAAUGCCAUGCCCAAUGCAGAGCAGUAUACCUCAGGCAUCAAAGCCAUGGUACAAGGAAUUUCUUCAACUAAUAGGUUACAGCAACUUCCAGAGGGUGGAGGAAUACUGUGAAAAAGUGUGGUGUACAGAUAAGAAAAGAAAAAAGCUGAAAAUGUCUCCAUCCAAGUGGAAGUAUGCCAACCCUCAGGAGAAGAAGGCAAGGAUCAGGCCAGAGCAUUACCGGUUGCCCAGGAACAUAGCUGACUCCUGAUGGACAAAAAUCCAUCUACUGUUUCUGGUUGAAAUUUUAUUUGGACUUAAGUAAGAGGGAGAAAUCAGUCUUGGUUUUGGUAAAUGACACAGGUUUAUAUAUAAAAAAUAUUGGGACUGAAAACAAAAAUGCUAUGGUAAGUUAUACUGUACACUCGUGAUGACUGUUUAGAAACAUUUUAAACAAAAUCUUCUUAACUAUCUGAUUCUAAGUAGGUCAAUGCAAUCAGAGUUUUGCAUUAGGGAGGA